CUCGGAGUUUGGUUUCCUUCUAGGGUUUUAUAAGCCCUCUGUUCUUCUUCUACUUCUCCGUCGUCCCCUCGAUCAGAAUCGCUUCCGCGACCGCAAAAUCGAAGCGAAGCAGGAGCCAUGGCCGAAUCCGCCAUGGGAGAGCUCCUACCGCAGAGUAGAGGAGGAGGAGAAGACGAUGUAGAAAAGGUGGUAAUGGAAGAGGAGGAGGAAGAAGAGGAAGAGGAGGUGUGGUCCUCCGAUUCGGAGGUGGGAGACGCCCUAGACUGGUUGGACGCGCGGGAGGGUUACGACGCCGCCGCCUCCCCGGCCGCGGCCGCCGCCUCCGCCGCCGCCUCCUUCUCCGGCGGUGCCGCCGCCGCGCGCCGCCCCAACGCCCACGGCGGCGUCCUCUCCCGGCCCCUCCAGCCCCUCGCCAAUCGGAACCAGAAGUUCUCCUCCCACAUCCGCGCCAAGCCCUUAGAGGAAUGGGAAGGGAGAUUGGAUGUGGGGAUGUCGAAUUCAGUGGCGACGGCAAUACGGGAUAGCGUUCGGGAGAUGGCGAUUGGGAAAACGAGGAAUACGGAGAAAGCGGAUCGUGCCACUGUUGAGCAGGCUAUUGAUCCAAGAACUCGAAUGGUUUUGUUCAAAAUGUUGAAUCGUGGGGUUUUUAACGACAUUAAUGGUUGCAUUUCAACUGGGAAAGAGGCUAAUGUUUAUCACGCAACUAAAGCUGAUGGCCAGGAAUUAGCAGUCAAAGUGUACAAAACUUCUGUUCUUGUUUUCAAGGACAGAGAUAGGUAUGUACAAGGAGAUUAUCGUUUCAGACAUGGUUACUGCAAGCACAACCCAAGGAAAAUGGUAAAAACCUGGGCAGAGAAAGAAAUGCGGAAUCUUUUGCGAGUAAGAGCUGCGGGAAUCAGGUGCCCAAUGCCAUUACUCUUAAGACUUCAUGUCUUGGUCAUGGAAUUUAUAGGAAAGGCAGGUUGGGCUGCUCCUCGCCUUAAGGAUGCUGCUCUUUCAGAAGACAAGUUGCGUGAAGCUUAUGUAGAGAUAAUUACAACAAUGCGAACAUUGUACCAGAAGUGCAAAUUGGUUCAUGGUGAUUUGAGUGAAUACAACAUACUCUAUUUUGAGGGGCACCUGUAUAUAAUUGAUGUUUCUCAAUCUGUGGAUCUCGAUCAUCCAUCUGCAUUAGACUUCCUUAAGGAAGAUUGCUUACAUGUCACUGAGUUCUUUAGGAAACAUGGAGUUGCUGUAAUGACAGUCAAGGAAUUAUUUGAUUUCGUGAUUGACCCAUCAAUUGCGGAUGAAGAUGUCGAUGAGUAUCUAGGAAAGAUUCAGCAAAAAGUUUUGGAAAGAGGAGGUUCAGUGGCCAAUGAUGACGAAAUUGCCCCAACAGUGUUUGUGCAGACGUUGGACUAUGUAAAGCAAUGCGAGGCAGAUCUCGUUCAGAUGGCGAUGCUUUCACGCCCUACUUUUGCUUACGAGCCGACAGCAGAAAAGAUUUAUGACCAGCCCCUUUUAGGGUUUGUAAACACUCGAACUGAAGCCGCCCAACAGCAGCAAAAGUGGCAGCUGGAAGAAAAGGCGGAAGCAAAAGCAGAAGCGGUUCCAAACAAUCCUCUGGAGCCCUUGGAGAAGGACCUCCAAAGUAAGUGUUCUGUGGAGGGUAAAUUCGAAUCAGAGACAGACGAAGAUGAAUCUUGCACGGACUCUGAUGAAGACGGUUCUUGGGUCGAGGCGGAGCAGAAGAAGGGUCCAGAAGAGAGGAGGGCGGAGCGCAAGGAGAAUAAGAAGAAAGUGAAGGAAGAGAAGAGAGAGUCUCGCAAGACUAAGAUCCCAAAGGCCGAGAAGAAGAGGAGGAAGAAGUUGGCCAAAGCCAAGUGCAAGAGGUAGUAAGUCUCUCUCCAUACUCCAAAGUGCGUUGGGGUUUUGCCGUUUUUGUUUGCGAGAUCCGCUAAUUAUUUUAGUAAGCUUAUGUUGAGUUAAAAUUAUUUUUGGGUGUUGUAUUAUGCGGGAUGAGACUGGCUGGUCACAUAAAAUUCUCUUGUUUUUCCUAAUUUUUAAUUAACUUUUUAGAUAAAAUCUCUAAAUGUUGAAAUGAGUUAUUAUCAUUUUGUAGGAAUGAUUAGUUCAGUGAAGGUUUAUUUAUAAGAUUUUCCAAUGUAAUGAGAGCAAUGCUACCCGAAAGCGCCAAAAAGUGAAUGUAAAUUUUAUACUUAUUUGUUUGAGGGCCAGACGGCCAGUACUUCGUACUU